CACGUUGAAUCUAAUUGUGACGUUCCAUCACUUAUCUAAGUAAUUAUUAAUGGGAACACCUUAUUUAAUUAUGGUUAAAAUUAUUUUUCUCGUAAUUAAAACAAGCCGUUCGCACAAAAUCCUCUGGAUGACGUCAUACCUAGGUGCUGUGGCAUCACUGAUAGAUUUUUGAAGUUGGCAUUGACGCCGGUCGCCAGCUGUCAUCAAGUCGAACGGAGCAAGGAGGGUGAUUGUUCUCUGCGAAGUGCCAAGAAGGGCGGUGUAAUCUCUUACAAUAAGUGAUUGAGAAAAUUAUAUUUUAGCCGCAUGGUUCAAUUAUUACUGUAUUGCCAGUUAUUUUAUUAAGUUUGUGUUUGAAUCAAAGUGACGAAAUAUAAUGAAACUGUAAGAAGAAGGAUUUUGCACCGCCCUUCGGGAGAAAUCUCAAACGACGUAUGAACUUAUAAAGACCCAACAACACCACGGGUAGGCACUUCCAGGGUUCAAUCGACAAGGGACAGGUCUGGAGGAUAUACAGCCUCCCAUUUGAUCUUGUUUAUUUUGGUUCUUCUUCCUGCAACCCUCAGAGGGGCAGUUUCAGUAACGGUUGGACCGUUACACCACAUUGGUGUUAGCUUCGUACCACGGACUUGGGUAUUAGACAUCAAGGAACAUUGGAACCUGUGAAAAGGGGUUUGUUUUGGGGACAUUUAUUUGUAACGGUUAAAGACAUACUGUUUUUUUUUAAUUUUUCAGGACAUUUAGCAUACUUAUACUUUCAUAAUUUAAUUACAUAUAUUUUUUCUUUCCUCCAAAAACAUAAGUAUACUGUAAUUUAUCAGAGCCAUACCUAAAGUUGAUAGUGUUCCCCAAAUUUACAUAAUUCCUUGGUAGAAGUUUCGAGCUCGAAUAUUCUUCCCACAUAUAUGUUCUUUACCCUUGGUUUGUAUUAAUUUUAGACUUGUUCCCAUGUAAAUUAAAUAUAUAAUUGUCUUAAUUCUCUAACUUUAAAAUCAUUUAACUUGCUUUCAUACUUUAUCAAUUUUUAUUAGUUUUUUUGCAAAUAUUAUUUAACGUUAACGUAUCAAUCAUUUCCUUUUUAUAUUAACUUUGAAUCAAUCCCUAGUGCCUAGCCCCUCAGGACGGUACUAGUUUUACUUGUUAUUAUUAUUAAGAACCACUAGUCAUAAAAGGGUUUUUGUAUCCAGUACUACGUUGGUUCAUUUAGGGACUUGUUACCCGUCAACUCAUUGAGAGUUAUAUAAAAAUAUUAUUUAUAUUAGGUAUUUUUAUUAUUAUAUUAUCAGGUAGUAUUCAAUUAGGCUGUACGUAUUUUAUUCGUACUAUUAUUUGGAGAAGGGUUGUCAUUUAACCUAGAUGUAAGUUGAGGGUAUGCUUCCUAGGAAAGCUACUCCAAUAAUAAUUUAAUAGGUAAUUAUAUUUAUAUCACAAUAGGUAAUUAUUUCUCAUUGUCAUUUUAGAGUUACAUAGUUACACUUGUCAUAACUUAGAGGUUGUCAAUAAUCUAGAUAGUUAUAUAUAAUAAAUAUGUAUUUGUUUUGUAUACCAAUUAUUUUUUUUUCUUCCCAGUUUUGAAUUUAAUAAUUUAAUAUAUUGAAUAUUUUACAGCAGUGUAAGAUACCUGGAAGUUUGGUCCAUUCCAACUUCUGGCGCCCAUAAUUCAGUCUAUUUUAUUUAUCUUCUAUAUUCUUCUAUUUUAUUAUAUUAUUAUAUUUAUUUAAUUUAUUUUCUGAACAUAUAUUUUUAUCUUAAGAUUUCCCUUUUCUAGUCAUCAUCUCUCUUUAGGUUGAGCUACUGUUCUUUGACAGGCAUGCAAACGAGCCGUAUCCAUCCUUGAGUGUCAAGUUGUUCUCUUGCAGCUCUUGCUAGCCAACUCUAUUCAGUUUGCCUCUGUCUCUCCAUACUUCCAUUAUCAGUUCAUCACCCUUCCUUCAUUCAUUUCAUCUUAUCAUUUUAGUUCAACAAAUACUACUGCAAAGUGGUAAAUUUUUGUUACAUUCGGCAGCCCAACUUGGUGCCAACCUUUUAUAGGUUCUAAGACAGUAGUUCUUUUAGUUCAUUUUUUUUCUUUUAUUUAUAUUAUUCCCUUCUGAUAUCUUUUUAUACAUUCUGUUCUGAUUUAUUUUGUUUUUAAUUACUUAUUAAUACUUAACAGGUAUACUGUCACUGCUGGAUCUAUUAAUUAGUUGAGAUUUUGAAACCUCUUUUAUAGGUUGUCAUACAGCUUACAUUCUAGGUUGAAUUUGAAACGAAGUAUAAGUAACUAACAUAUAUAUUAUAUAAUAUUAUUAUUGCAAAUUUUACUCCUUCAGCCAGUGGUGUAUUUGUAUGUACAGUUGAUCGUUAAUACUUACAUAUUUUUUUUUGGGUACAAGUAUAAUAGCUAAAAUUUUUUUUUUCCAAUAUUUAGGUACUAUAUUUACUUGAUUAUACCUUAUUUACUGUAUUUAUUUGAUAUAUAUUUUGCUGGCCAUUUUUGAUUUUGUUGGUGUGUUGCUAAUAUUUUCUCCGUACCUAUAUAUUUUGCAUACAAACUUAAGUAUAUUUCGUAUUUCUGACUUUUGGAUUGCUUGUCAAUAAUUUUUGCUUUCAUCAUGUGUGCUUUUAAAGUUGAACAUCUUCUGGUGGACGAAUUGGACUAUGAGUUGAAAAUUAGGGACGUAGUACCAGAGGAGUCAGCAACCGUCGAUAGAAAACGCAAUCUUCUGCGGGGUGCUUUGAAGCAAGAAGCAGGCAAUAGGAGUUUCACCCAACUUUCGGCUGUACAUAUCCCUUUUGAGGACCAACGGAAAGGAAUAUCCGAAACGUUGGAUAGCUUGUCGAAGAAAAUAGAGAAGUUUAGGGGAACUGUACAGGACAAUGAAUAUGUUAGAUUAAUAUCUCGUCUAGCUCAUAUUUCUGGCCGGGUACACUUGUUACAGUGUACUACAGAAGAGCAGGAACCUUUUAAAAAGUCUGUUUCUCUUAAAAUCCUUACAUUGGAGGGUGAGCUUGAUUCUAAGGUUAACCCCAUAGCCACAUCUACUCCUAAUGCUCCAGUCAGUGUCGUUCCUAGUUUCACAUACUCCAAACCCGUGCAAGUACACAAAUGGGGUGUUUCAUUUUCCGGUGAAAAACAGCACAAUGAUGUGAUUACAUUUUUAGAAAAGGUCGAAUGUCUUCGUGUAUCUAGAGGUGUCUCUGAAGAAAAUUUGUUUGCUGCUUCAGCUGAAUUGUUUACUGGUCCUGCUUUUACCUGGUUCAUGAAUAAUAGAGGUAAUUUAUCUUGUUGGUCUGAUCUGGUUCGCAAGUUGAAGUCAGAUUUUCUUCCUUACUCAUACCAGGAUGAUCUCUUGGAUGAAAUCAAAAACCAUAAGCAGAAACCAGGGGAGUCUGUCACUAUGUUAAUUAACACUAUUUUAGGCAUGUGUAGCCGUUUAGACACUCCUUUAUCUGAUUUGUCCAAAAUAAAAAUCAUCUUAAAAUGUUUAUUACCUUUUUACCAUCAACAGUUAGCUCUUAUGGACAUCCAGAACAAUGCCGAGGAUAUUUUAAUAUGA